AUGGCGGCGGCUACUGAGGAGGCUUCCCUUAUUGUUGAUACUGGUGAAAGACAAGCCCAUGCUGCACCCAUGCUUGUGUGUAAGGCGGCAAAGAAGAAGUGCAAGAAAAUAGAAGACUUGGAACCCUGCUGGAAUGAGGCGUGUCAACACCACACACAUGCGACGUGCUGCAAGUUGCUACUUGACUUUAACAAUAUUCCCGCUGAACAGCGUCCAGCCCAAGAAGAUGAUAUUUAUUUUUGUGGCAAACGUUGCUACAACAAAUGGUGGAAACAAGAGCAAGAGCAGAGCAAGUUGCCUGCGGCCGAUAAGAAACAAAAGUAUGUGACUUGGGAAGAGGACGGAUCCCAGCAAGUUCUUAUGGACUGGAUUACUACUGCUGACAACUAUAGCAAAUAUUGUGGAUCAACCGAAAAUAAUGGAACCUCCAAGGUGCAGUAUCAUCGAAUCGUCUCUGAACUGAUUGCCGAAAAGACUGAUGGGCAGAGCCAGAGAUCUGCUAAGGAUGUUGGCAACAAAAUCCAGAAGUUGGAAGCUCAAUUUAGAAAAGCAAGCGAUUGGAUGUCUAAUACUGCAGCUGUUGGUACUUCCACUGGCAGUUCUAAUGCAGCCAUCAGUGCCGCCGAUGACUCCGACAUCGACGAGGCGGAAUUGGAACAACCCCAACCCCAACCCCCACCAACCGCUCCUAAAACACCAACUGCAAAGGGAAACAGCAACAAGCGGCUUUCUAGUUCAGGCAACAAAAACAAAAAGCCACCCAAAACCAGGAAAGGUGCUGAUGAUGCGAUUAUAGCAUCAUUGUUGGAUGUUGACGAGAAUGACAAGGAGAAUUCCUUCAAGGCGCUCCGGAAGAGAGAAGUAGAGGCAAAGGAAAAGGAAGCCGCUGCUCUGCAGCUUAAAUCCGGUAAGGAAGUUGAGUUGCUCAACAUGCAGCUGCAACAGCAGCAACAAAAACAUCUCAUUGCUCUUUUAAAAUCACGCAAGGAGCUGCAAGAAGUAGGAUACACUGAGGCCGAGCUUGAUGGUAUGUUGGGUCCAUUGCCUAAGAAACAUAAUUAG